UAAAUAAGUCUCACGAGAGUGUAUUGGAAGUGUGUUGACUGGAGGAUUCACGCCUUAGCAACACUAGCAUGGCUGCGGGAGCUACUGUGCAACCAUUUCAGUCACAUCUUAACAGCAACACCAUGCUAGCACAGCCCGUCUGCUGAAGAAAAGCAAAAUGAUCAAACUUUAUUUUAAGAUAGCAACAGCAUUCCAGCUCGCAAACGCGUCUUUAGUCCCUCUGUCGUCGGAACAACACUUCCUCGUCGUCGCGACACCGCGAGAUGCAUUCAGGGACACUCCGACCAUCACAAGAACGUCUUUAUCAUGCGUCUAAAUCAACAGAAAGACAAAGAAAAACAGAGAACUUCUCGGUUGCUAAGGAGACACAUUUUAUCCAAGAGGAGACUGCGGGCACUGCAGCCAACUGGAGACUGCGGACUAUAAAUUCUGCAGCAUCCAGAGCUAAGGCAAAGCACCAGGGUGGCAGGUCCUCCGCCGGCGGGAGCUUUUCAGGAGCGUCCCUCUAGACCGACCAUGUUUCGGAAGUUCUAUGAACGCGGGGAGUUCCCGAUGGCGCUGGAGCAUGACACCAAAGGCAACCGUAUCGCUUGGAAGGUGGAGAUCGAGAAGCUGGACUAUCACCACUUCCUGCCUCUGUUCUUCGACGGUUUAUGCGAGACCGCGCACCCGUACGAGUUUUUUGCCCGGCAGGGGAUCCAUGACCUGCUGGAGCACGGCGGCCCAAAGAUACAGCCCGUCAUCCCGCAGCUCAUCAUCCCCAUCAAGAAUGCCCUGAACACGAGGAACCGCCAGGUCAUCUGCACCACCCUGAAGGUCCUGCAGCACCUGGUGAUGUCCAGCGACACGGUAGGGGAAACCUUGGUGCCCUACUACCGGCAGAUCCUGCCCAUCCUCAACAUCUUUAAGAACAUGAACAUCAACUCCGGAGACGCCAUCGACUACAGCCAGCAGAAGCGAGAGAACGUGGGCGACCUGAUACAGGAGACUCUGGAGGUGUUGGAGCGCUACGGUGGGGAGGACGCCUUCAUCAACAUCAAAUACAUGGUGCCCACCUACGAGUCCUGCAUGAUUAGCUGAGGGCGUGUGGGGAUUUCACUCUCGCUCGUUAUUAUCCACCGACUCACUUUUUUGAUUCUUGACAGCCUUUUCCACUGCAUAAUGUCAGCUCGGCUGUUGUCGCCCGUCGUUUUUUGACCCUGGGGAACGAGUGUCUCGUGUCUUUAGGAGACACUCAUGUUUUUCAGAAGGAGAUUGAGGGCAGAUGCAGCAAAGUGGAGACUGCGGAGUUUAAUCCUGCAGGUCCAGAGCUAAGGCACAGCAACAGGGUAAGGUCAUGUUAGCAUUUGUCAUUAUUUUUUUGUCAUUUCUCGCCGCAAAUGACGCAGUAAAUCUGCUUGGCCAAUAAGCAACCAGCAGUGGUCACCCAUACCAUAUUUGGUUUGGCACUCUUGGAACCCUUGGCUGACAGGGUACUAAAAUUAGCUCAUGGGGUGUUCUAAUUUUUUCAUAUGACUGUAAAUGACAUUUGUGGCGCCCCCUAUGAAAUGUGGCAGUACAUGCUGAACAUCCUUACAGUUUUAGAACCGUUAGAUGAAUGCUCAAUGGCUUAUAGUCGAUUAGCCCCGCAGUGCCCCAGCAAUGGCAUUUUGCAUGAUGGAAGCCAUGUUUUUCCACCAAUCUUCACAUUUUACACACAUGUGCUCGACAGCCCCCUUUAGGUGUUCACCACAUCUUGUGGCAAUUUGGUUCAGCACCUUAAAGUUACAGUAAACUGUCCUGAAUAUCAAGUCAAUUCCAGCCAUGGGGUCAAACUUUAGGGGUUAAUAACAGCGCCACCAUGUGGUGUAUUUGUCAUCAAAAAUAACAGCACAGCAACACAGUAGCGGUGCACGUUACAGUAUGUGCACCAGCAAGCAUCGAUUGUGAGUCGAUACUGUGCAGUGGGAAAGGCAAAUUAUUUGGAUUAUUCCUUUUCCGAACUGCAUCAUGACAAUUUUAUCCAAAUAUAUUUUUAACCCCUUGAGUAACGUCACAAAAGAGGGUUUUUUUUACCCUGCUUAAAUGUGAACGUAACAUAUACGCGAAUUUAAAGUCUCAAAUGAAAAUGUCUUACAAUCAUUUUAGAUUUCCACACCUUCUUAUGAGAAUUUAGUGGGAUUCUGUUGAAAAUGCAAUGUAAUACGAGCAAAAACAGAUUUUAGAGGUUACCUGAAAAUGUGAUUACUGUAAUGCAGGGGUGUGCAAACUUUUUCCACCCUGAUUUUUGUGAAGCAACACGUGUAGAUAUGCUAAGAAGUUGUACAUAUUUCAAGUAAAAACGGCAUCUCAGCUUUGCUUUGUGAUAUUGGCGAAACAGCGCAUUGUUAGUAUGAACUUCGGUUUCUUCGGGUCUCCCAUUUUUGCUGUUGUUGUUUUUUUAAUUUUCCAAAUAUACCAACUCUCUUCUCAAACUUCAGAAAUGUUCUUUUUGUGAUAUUUUGACUUUAUUCCCAUAAUAUUAUAACUUUUUCCCCAACUAAAAAUUACAACUUUACUUUGUUUUGUUUGUGUCUCGUAAUGUCCCGACUUAAAAAAAAAAAAAAAAAAAUUGUCUUUAAUAUUUCAAAGCUCCAUCCGUCCAUUUUCUCACGCUUUUCCGGGCCCGGGUCGCGGGGGCAGCGGUCCCAGUGGGGAAGCCCAGACUUCCCGUUCUCCGGCCACCUCUACCAGUUCCACCGAGACGUAAUCUCUCCAGCAAUAUUUCCCUCCAGUAUUUCAAACCUAUACGACUAAAGUGAUGAUUUUCCCUCGUAAUAUUAUGAAUUUAUUCUCGGUAAAAUUCUGAAUUUUUUUCUCGUUAGAACAUGAAUUUUUUUCCUGAAUAUUUUCACUUCAUUCUUGUAAAAUUACAGCUGUUUUUUUUUUAUGUCACAACUAUUUCAGCUUUCUUCUUGUGAAUUUUCUUCUCGGAAUGAUGUCUUUAUUUCCAUAAUAUUGUGACUUUAUUCUUCUAACAUUAUAACUUUUAUGGCAACCUAAUUCCCCCCCCAAAAUAUUAAUAAUUAUUUGUAAUUACAAUGAAAU